GCGCGGCGCAGCGAGGCUGAGGGGCCGCGGCGGUGCCGGGGUGCGGGUCCCGGUCGGCGGCGGCGGCAUGGUGGACAGCGUGUACCGGACGCGGUCGCUGGGAGUCGCGGCGGAGGGGCUGCCAGACCAGUACGCGGACGGGCGGGCGGCCCGCGUGUGGCAGCUGUACAUCGGGGACACCCGUGGCCGCACGGACGAGUACCGCAGCUGGCUCCUGGCGCUGCUCCGCCAGCACCGCUGCCGCUCCGUCCUCGACGUGGCCUGUGGCACCGGGGUGGACUCCAUCAUGCUACUCGAGGAGGGAUUCCAGGUGACCAGCGUCGAUGCCAGCGACAAGAUGCUCAAGUACGCGCUGAAGGAGCGCUGGGAGCGGCGCAAGGAGGAGCCCUUCGACCGAUGGGUCAUCGAGGAGGCCAACUGGCUCACACUGGAGAAGGACCUGGAGAAGCCAGGGGAUGGGUUUGAUGCAGUCAUCUGCCUCGGGAACUCCUUUGCGCAUCUGCCUGACUUCAAAGGGGACCAGAGUGACCACAAGCUGGCCCUGAGGAACAUUGCCAGCAUGGUGCGGCCCGGGGGUGUCCUGGUCAUUGACCACCGCAACUAUGAUCACAUCCUGGCCACGGGCUGCGCGCCAGCCGGCAAGAACAUCUACUACCAGAGUGACUUGACCAAGGACAUCACCACCUCAGUGCUCCUGGUAAACAACAAGGCACACAUGGUGACCCUGGACUACACUGUGCAGGUGCCCCCCACUGAGGCAGGUGCAGACCCGGAGCUGAGCACUGCCUCCUUGCAGCAAGUUUCGGCUCUCCUACUACCCGCACCGACUGGAGGCCUUCACAGCUCUGCUGAAAGGUGCAUUCCAGGGAAAGUGCCAGCACACUGUCCUGGGUGACUUCCAGCCCUACACACCAGGGCAGGCCCAUGUGCCCUGCUACUUCAUCCACGUCGUGAAGAAGACAGGCUGAGGGGCCUACAGCGAUGGGACUGUGGUGGCUGAGAGCUCCAAGCAGCUGUGGGUCCAAGCAAGGGGUGGGGACAUGGCUGAGAGCCACCUGGGAGACCCCUCCCCUUAAUUAAGAACACUUAUAAGAGCUA